AUAGUGUGUGACGUAGUAGGUUAUUGGAUAGAAGAGGAAGAGAAGAUGUCUACUGCCAUCCUAAUAUAGCACAAAAAUAAAAACAUCGACCCAAUUCAUUCUACACUCAUCAUUUAGCGGUCUAGGCUACAACCACUGCAUGGUAUUGUUGCAUAACGGUCCCAAUGGCUGUGGCAAAUGCGAAACAAACGGUCCUAAAUCCGGUGAUUCCAUUCACUGGGGCCAUACCUGGGGGCAUACACCCAGGGGAGAUAGUCCUUAUCCAGGGCACUGUUCACAAUGAUGCUGACAGGUUCCAGAUGGACCUAUCCUGUGGCACCAGCACUAAACCUCGUGCGGACAUCGCCCUCCACUUCAACCCCCGUUUUAAGGGCUCCCCGUGCGUUGUUUGUAACUCCCUGGUGCAGGGGAGUUGGGGCAGGGAGGAGACCCUUCAGCAGCUUCCCUACAGACAGGGAGCAGCCUUCGAGACGAUCAUCCUGGUCCAUGAUGAUGUCUUUAAGGUGGCAGUAAAUGGUUCUCAUUUGUUAGAAUACAAGCACAGAAUCCCACUGGACAGGAUUGACACAUUUUCUAUAUCUGGGAAAAUCAAGGUGCGCGCCAUUGGCUUCAUACCAAACUCAGCAAUAUACUCAAUCUCAGGUGAAUCAGGUGACCUGAGUCUCCCUUACAAAGGCAGUCUACUGAAAGGGGUGAGUCCAGGACAGCACAUCACAAUCAAGGGACAGGUCAGCAUGUACCCACACAGCUUCACUGUGAACCUCCGCAACAACGGCAGUGAGAACAUCGCUCUGCACCUGAACCCCCGGAUGAAGUCGGCCAUGUUCAUCAGGAACUCCUACCUGAGUGAGUCCUGGGGACCAGAGGAGAGGGAGCUUCCUGUCUUCCCCUUCUCGCCUGGGGAGUACUUUGAGAUGCUGAUCCUCUGCCAGCCCCACCAGUUCAAGCUGGCGGUGAAUGGCUCUCACCUGCUGGACUACAGGCACCGGGUGCAGGACCUGAGCACCAUCAACCAGCUGGAGAUCAUGGGAGACCUGGAGCUGAUGGACAUCAAACUGUGGUGACCUAUGACAUAGAGGCAAGCUAGGCCCCGAUGGGCUCAGCCCUAUUCUAGACGACAGGCCCGUUCACAACCCCCCCCCACCCUGGGCAGUGAGCAGGGCUUGAGCCAGCUGGUGUUGGACUGGCCUGAUUAUGGGCUCCAAUGUCUGAGCCAUGAGAUUUACAGCUGAGGUAGCCUUGGAUCUGUUCACGUGGAUCCACAGGAUUUGACAGUCAUACUUGUAUGCACUAUCUGGUGCAAGGGAGGCUGAUAUGUGUAAUAACAGGAGUAUUAUAGAAACAGCCUCGUUUACACCUUGCGCUAGCCUGUGGGUUUUGUGAUCUGAUCAAUAUGAUCCAAUCACUAUCUGAUCAAGGUUUGUUGCGUCUAUACAUAGUAUUGAUAUGUAUCUUAUCCAUCCGCAUUGUGACUGGAUUUCCUAGUCCCUCCCUUAAUUCUUUCAAAUGUAUUAAUUUAUUUUAAGACAAUUAUUAAUGCCAUAAUGCAUAAUAUUAAUGCUACCUGUCAAUGAUUUAGAGGCUGGUAUGAUGAUGAUUUAAAUGGUUUGACCCUCCAGAUCUGUUUACAAUUGCUUGUCUAGGAAGAUAUGACCACAAUGUAUUUUAAUCCACUACACCCGUCUAAAAAUGUGGGCACAAUCAAGACAAAGGUCGCAUGUUAGCACCAGGUAUAAACUCAUUGGAAGGCCAUAAAAUGCCCAUUUACAUUGGCAGGGACCAUGAUUUGGAAGGGCUCGACUAAAAUAUCUCGGAGCUGCACUAUUUUUCAUCAUUCUAAAAUGAAAUACUUAACCCUAAUCACUAAAAUAAUCCAUCAUUCUCAUUCAUCCAUCUCAGGUUCUUCAGUGCUGAAACAAAUUAUAGGAUGGUUACAGGUGCUGCUUGACAAUACUCAGAAAAUAUUUCUCAGGAAUAUGAAAAUCCUGACUAUUUAAUGUUCUGUACCUGAGGGAACAUGUUUGGCUAUUUAUUUACCCUCUGUAGGAUAUGUUCUUCAAAUAUAAUCCAAUAGCUGGUUUUAAGAGCAUACAUUAGAAAGGCAAUAUGGCCUGACAGGUUGCGUCACAAGCAGGGGCGGUUCUGGGGGGGGCUGUGCCCCUGUGACAACAAUUUUGGACCCCCUUGUGGCCCCCCUAAAUGUGGAGUAUGAAAUAAUUUUUACAUAACUAAUUUUUGCUAUCAUUCUUUUUUUUUACAUCCUUUAUUAGACAGUGGCAACUCGGAACACUAAUGAUGAUGAACAUGGUCUUUUGCCUGCUAAUGCCUGCAAUGCAGUGAAGAAAACGAUAUGACAACAACGUCCAAUGUAACUGGCCCCUCUAACAGUACAACUGGCCCCAGCUUGGCCCCCUGGUUGAAAUGGUCUAGAACCGCCACUGGUCACAAGGUCAAACUCAUGUGAAAUGGCCAAAUCUAGUUGACUAAGCUCACCCACCAUAUGACCUAGGGCUGGCUUCAAUCCGUAUCGCCAAAGACCAGCGUUAUAGCUUGAUUGAAAUGUAAAGGCAAUAUUCAGAGACUGUAUUGGAAAUUACCUUCGCAUUUUAACGCUGCUCUUCCGCGAUAGGGAUUAAAUGCAGCCCCUAGUCUAGUGUACUUCAAUCCAAGCACAAACCAAUUGCACUGGUUGGUGAUGGUUCAAUGAAAACAAGGGCUGGAUUCAAUCCGUAUUGCGGAAGAUCUGCGUUAAAAUGUAAAAGGUAAUUUCCAAUUGAGCCAACAUAUGCAGCAUUUACCGUGAAUGCAGUUAACGAAUGCGAGAACAUUGCCUUUAAAUUUCAAAUCGAGCUAUAAAGUGCAUCUUCCGCAAUACGGAUUGAAUCCAGCCUUAAGUGUGUGCUAAUCAGUGUUGUAUGUAUGACUGCAUGGCCACUCUUUUCUUGCUUGGCCAAAAGUCCAGCGCUAUAGCACGCUUGACAUUUAAAGGUCAUUUCCGAUUGAGCAGACAUAUGCAGCCUCCGCAAACGUGGGAACAUUGCAAGUUCUUUCAGUCAAGCAUUUCACCCAUUUUCAGCCUUAUUAUUUAAUCAAUACUGUUGAGAUGUCGUGUAGUGAUGCCUGUUUCCUUCUGCUGUAACCUACUGUAUGUAAUGUCUUAAAUAGUUCAUCUGCUUUUAAAUAAAUGUAUGAUGAUUGGG